AUGCAAUUUAAUAUCGGCGAACUUCAUGAAUUAAGAACGGACUUGAGAGCUAUUAGUAACAAUCGCGCACUGCUAAUGCCAUCUCAUCUUCGCUCGUCAAGGAGAAAGAAAAGUCGAUGGUUGAUUUGCUCAAAUUCCAAAGAGGUUCGUUCGGCGAUUUAUACAGGUCGACUCGUCGCUCCGUUGCAUUGGCAGUUGCUUCUGCUGCCGUGGUCCCCGUGGCUUGACCUGUCGGUUUGUCGAAUGGGAGUUUACGAGACGGUGAUAGCUCGCCGUCUUCCAGCGCCAUUGCGUCGAUCUUCUUCUGCUGGCUCGUAUCGAUUUAACGCUAUCAGCGAGUGGCUUCAUGGCGCUCCGGAUCGUCUCAAGGAGCUCUUUGCUUGA